UUAUUUUACAUCGUUUCUUUUUGUUUAUGUUCUUGUAUGAAUUUUUCUUAUUACCGAUUUCAUUCAUGUUUAUUUGAUAAUGAAAUAAGUGUUAAAUAUUUUUUCAUUGUAUUUUUAAAAAUUAUUACUUUUAUUGGAAUUUUUCAUUAAUAUUUGAAAAAUUAAACUUUUUGUAAUGGAAUUAUUACUUGAUGAUACUUGUCAGUUAUUAUUCCCUAGUGAUAUAAUUAAUGGUAGUUUAUUAAUUAAUGCUUCUAAUCAAGCUUCUAGCUAUGUUAAUGAUCCUAUUAUUAGAAUCAUUGGAUACACUCUAAUAUGGAAAAAUAAAUGUAAAACUGAAACAGAGGAGUAUUCAUUAUUUUAUGAAGACAAACCUAUUAUUUAUAGAGAAGAUAAAAAUUUAUCUUCUACUGACAUAUCAACAAUUUCUUCAAAAAUGUAUACGUUUUAUUUAACAUUACCAGACAAUUUACCAACAUCAUUUGAAGUGCCAUUUGGUCAUACAAGAUAUAAAAUUUCUGCUUAUUAUAAUGGCAUAACAGUGUUUAAAUUUUUUAGUGUUGGUCAAAAGAUAGAAUUAAAAAAAUGCAAUAAAAUAAUUGAGAAAAAAACAAAUUACAAUGCACCAUUAUUUUGCUGUUUCCAUUCAAUUAUAAAAGCAUCUUUUAAAAUUGAUCACACUCCGUGUGUACCUGGUGAAAUAAUUUUCUUAGAUGCCUUUAUUACAAAUAAUUCUUGGGAAGAUAUUAUCUUUACAAAAGCAUUCAUAGUUCAAAUAGUUAAGUAUUGGAAAGAUCAUACAAUUUUUCCUAUAAAAUAUUCAAGAGUUAUCUCAGAAAUAACGAGAGGAAUUAUAACUAGUGGUUCUUCUCAAGUAUGGAUUAAACAACCAUUGGCAUUACCGGCUGUUAUACCUACAACUAGAUUACGACAAAAUCCAUUUAAUUUUUUUGAAAUUGAAUAUAAAUUAAAGAUACGUAUUACAUUACAAAAUUCCAAAAAAAAGACAUUACUUACUAAAAAAAUAUUUGUUGGCAAUAAAGAUGAACGAUACAAGAAAUUACAGGAACCAUUAAAUAAGUUUGAGUCUAUAAAUUUUUCUGUUGAAGAUUGCUUUAUGAGUAAGCAUGAAAAUAUUGAUUUUAUACCUAAGUACUUGGUACGUAAAAUAUAAAAAAUUGAAAUGAAAAUUAUUUUUGAGGAUAUCUGAAAAAUUGAACAGAUACUUUAAGUUGU